AUGGCCGGCAGUAGUAGUGAUACUCGUAGUCAGAGCAAAAAAAUCAUUUUUUCGGUCUACAAUUUUAUAAAAGACCUAUCGAAACAAGAUGAAAUUGUUCCAUAUAUGUUUGCUCAAUGCCUAAAGGCAACAGCUGAAGCUUGUGGAUUAUCAGAACGAACUGUGAUUCGCAUAUGCAAAGAGGGUAAGGAUAGUUUGGAUCCAGAACAACAAGUUGCUUCGCUCAAGUCUCCACGUAAAACGUAUAAACGUGCAAAACCGUUGACUGAAUUAGACGAUUUUGAUGCGGACAUAGUACGUAGAACAGUGCACGAGUUCUACAAUAGAGGUGAGUAA